AUGUCAAAACGAAAAUUAUUUUUUAUAUAGAAGGAAAGCAGAAAAGUUACGAUUAUAGUAAAAAUAACUCCAGAUAUUGAUAUUGUAUUAUUUUUAAGUGUAUAUAAAAUAUAAAAUUGGGAAAAAUGAGUUUCUUCGGUAAAAUGUUUGGUGGCAAGAAAGAAGUGGCGCCCACCACGGGCGAAGCCAUACAGAAACUUCGUGAGACGGAGAACAUGCUUAUUAAGAAACAGGAGUUUCUAGAGUCUAAGAUAGAAGAAGAACUAAACAUUGCCAGGAAGAAUGCAUCGAAAAACAAAAGAGUCGCAUUGCAAGCGCUUAAGAAAAAGAAGCGCCUCGAAAAGCAGUUACAACAAAUUGAUGGCACGCUUUCGACGAUUGAAAUGCAACGCGAAGCCUUGGAAAGUGCUAAUACAAAUACAGCCGUUUUGACAACAAUGAAAAAUGCGGCUGAUGCACUCAAAGCCGCUCACAAAAACAUGGAUGUGGAUAACGUUCAUGAUAUGAUGGAUGAUAUUGCUGAGCAACAAGAUGUUGCCCGUGAAAUCUCUGAUGCUAUAUCAAAUCCAGUUGCCUUUGGUGCUGACCUUGAUGAUGAAGAUCUGGAACGUGAAUUGGAUGAAUUAGAACAAGAGGAGUUCGAUAAGAAAGUUAUUGGUAUACCAGAGCCAAAUGUUACAUUACCCGAAGUUCCAGCCGACGAAAUGCCGGAGAAAAUUCCCGAGAAAAAGAAAGCUACUGCACCUGCUACAACAGCACAGGAAGAUGAUGAUCCGGACAUGAAACAUUUGCUUGAAUGGGCUAAUUGAUGGGUUUAUAAAUCGCUUAAACCAUUAUGUGACAAUUGUGUAUGGAUUAGCAACUUGAAUUUAAAUAACAAAUGCACUGUGGUUGAUUAUUUUAUCGUACGAAACAAAAUGGAAAAGUAAAAUAAUGUAAACAUAUAUACUUUACCAAAUAAUAUUUCCAAUCGCUUUCUAAUGGGCAAAAAUAUUAAUUUUUAAUUUUGAAACACA